CCCCCUUCUGCAGCGUUCGCUGCCCCUCGCUGUCCUCCUCCAUCCCUUGUUGGAUGUUGCCCACUCCUUAAGGAAGAAUGGUUGAUUUGGAGAGCGAAGUGCCCCCUCUGCCUCCCAGGUACAGAUUUCGGGAUUUGCUGCUAGGGGACCAAGGCUGGCAAAAUGAUGACAGGGUUCAAGUUGAAUUCUACAUGAAUGAAAACACAUUUAAAGAGAGAUUAAAACUGUUUUUCAUUAAAAACCAGCGAUCAAGUCUAAGAAUCCGCUUGUUCAACUUUUCCCUCAAAUUGCUAAGCUGCUUAUUAUACAUUAUCCGAGUGCUGCUUGAGAAACCUUCACAGGGAAAUGAAUGGUCUCACAUAUUUUGGGUUAACAGAAGUCUACCUUUAUGGGGCUUACAGGUCUCAGUGGCAUUGAUCAGUCUAUUUGAAACAAUACUCCUUGGUUAUCUCAGUUAUAAGGGAAAUAUCUGGGAACAGAUUUUACGAAUCCCAUUCAUCUUGGAAAUAAUCAAUGCGGUCCCCUUCAUUAUCUCAAUAUUCUGGCCUACCUUAAGGAAUCUAUUUGUCCCUGUUUUUCUAAACUGUUGGCUUGCCAAACAUGCCUUGGAAAAUAUGAUUAAUGAUCUUCAUAGAGCCAUUCAGCGAACACAGUCUGCAAUGUUUAACCAAGUUUUGAUUUUGAUAUCUACACUACUAUGCCUUAUCUUCACUUGCAUUUGUGGAAUUCAGCAUCUGGAACGAAUUGGCAAGAAACUCAAUCUCUUUGACUCCCUUUAUUUCUGCAUUGUGACAUUUUCUACUGUGGGCUUUGGGGAUGUCACUCCUGAAACAUGGUCUUCCAAGCUUUUUGUUGUUGCUAUGAUCUGCGUUGCUCUUGUGGUACUACCCAUACAGUUUGAACAACUGGCCUAUUUGUGGAUGGAGAGACAAAAGUCAGGUGGAAACUAUAGCCGUCACAGAGCUCAGACUGAGAAACAUGUUGUCCUGUGUGUCAGCUCCUUGAAGAUUGACUUACUCAUGGAUUUUCUAAAUGAAUUCUAUGCGCAUCCGAGACUGCAGGAUUACUAUGUGGUGAUUUUGUGUCCUACGGAGAUGGAUGUGCAAGUUCGGAGGGUGCUACAGAUUCCAAUGUGGUCCCAGAGAGUGAUCUACCUUCAAGGCUCAGCCCUUAAAGAUCAGGAUCUCCUGAGAGCAAAGAUGGACAAUGCGGAGGCCUGUUUUAUCCUGAGCAGCCGCUGUGAAGUGGACAGGACAUCAUCUGAUCACCAAACAAUUUUGAGAGCAUGGGCUGUGAAAGAUUUUGCUCCAAAUUGUCCUUUGUAUGUCCAGAUACUAAAACCUGAAAAUAAAUUUCACAUCAAAUUUGCAGAUCAUGUUGUUUGUGAAGAAGAGUUUAAAUACGCCAUGUUAGCUUUAAACUGUAUAUGCCCAGCAACAUCUACACUUAUUACACUACUGGUUCAUACCUCUAGAGGGCAAGAAGGACAGCAGUCGCCAGAACAGUGGCAGAAGAUGUACGGGAGGUGCUCGGGAAAUGAAGUCUAUCACAUCGUUUUGGAAGAAAGUACAUUUUUUGCUGAAUAUGAAGGGAAGAGUUUUACCUAUGCCUCUUUCCAUGCACACAAAAAGUUUGGUGUCUGCUUGAUUGGUGUUAGGAGGGAGGAUAAUAAAAACAUUUUGCUGAACCCAGGUCCUCGAUAUAUUAUGAAUGCUUCAGACAUAUGUUUUUAUAUUAAUAUUACCAAAGAAGAAAAUUCAGCAUUUAAGAACCAAGACCAGCAGAGAAAAAGCAAUGCAUCAAGGUCAUUUUAUCAUGGGCCUUCCAGAUUGCCUGUUCACAGCAUCAUUGCCAGCAUGGGUACUGUAGCUAUAGACUUACAAGACACAAGUUGUAGAGCAGCAAGUGGCCCUACACUGGCUCUUCCUUCAGAAGGAAGCAAAGAAUUAAGAAGACCUAGUAUUGCUCCUGUUUUAGAGGUUGCAGAUUCGUCAUCAAUUCAGACAUGUGAUCUUCUAAGUGAUCAAUCAGAAGAUGAAACUACACCAGAUGAAGAAACUUCUUCAAAUUUAGAGUAUGCCAAGGGCUACCCACCUUACUCUCCUUACAUAGGAAGUUCUCCUACUUUUUGUCACCUACUUCAAGAAAAAGUGCCCUUCUGCUGCUUAAGAUUAGACAAGAGUUGCCAGCAUAACUACUAUGAGGACGCAAAAGCCUAUGGAUUCAAAAAUAAACUAAUUAUAGUUGCAGCUGAAACAGCUGGAAAUGGAUUAUAUAAUUUUAUUGUACCUCUCAGGGCAUAUUAUAGACCAAAGAAAGAAUUAAAUCCCAUAGUUCUCCUAUUGGAUAACCCGCCAGAUAUGCAUUUUCUGGAUGCAAUCUGUUGGUUCCCAAUGGUUUACUACAUGGUGGGCUCUAUUGACAACCUAGAUGACUUGCUCAGGUGUGGAGUGACCUUUGCUGCCAACAUGGUGGUUGUGGACAAAGAGAGUACCAUGAGCGCAGAGGAAGAUUACAUGGCGGAUGCUAAAACGAUUGUGAAUGUGCAAACGCUUUUCAGGUUGUUUUCCAGUCUCAGUAUUAUCACCGAGCUUACCCACCCAGCAAAUAUGAGAUUCAUGCAAUUCAGAGCCAAGGACUGUUACUCUCUUGCACUUUCAAAACUGGAGAAGAAAGAGCGAGAACGGGGUUCUAACCUGGCCUUUAUGUUUCGACUGCCUUUCGCCGCAGGGCGAGUGUUCAGCAUCAGCAUGUUAGACACGCUUCUGUAUCAGUCAUUUGUGAAAGAUUAUAUGAUUUCUAUCACCAGACUUCUGUUGGGACUGGACACCAUACCAGGAUCGGGGUUUCUUUGUUCUAUGAAAAUCACUGAAGAGGACUUGUGGAUCAGGACAUAUGCCAGACUCUACCAGAAGCUGUGUUCUUCUACUGGAGAUGUUCCCAUUGGGAUCUACAGGACAGAAUCUCAGAAACUAACUACAUCUGAGUCUCAAAUAUCCAUCAGCGUGGAAGAGUGGGAAGACACGAAAGACACCAAAGAGCCCGGGCAUCACCGCAGCAUUCACCGCAACUCCACCUCCAGCGACCAGUCGGACCACCCCUUGCUGCGGAGGAAAAGCAUGCAGUGGGCACGAAGGCUGAGCAGAAAAGGCCCGAAGCACUCCGGUAAAACUGCAGAAAAAAUAACCCAGCAGCGACUGAACCUCUACAGGAGGUCUGAAAGACAGGAGCUUGCUGAGCUUGUGAAAAACAGGAUGAAACACCUGGGCCUUUCCACGGUGGGCUACGAUGAAAUGAAUGAUCAUCAAAGCACCCUGUCCUACAUCCUGAUCAAUCCAUCUCCUGACACCAGGCUGGAGCUGAAUGAUGUUGUAUACUUGAUCCGACCAGAUCCACUGUCCUACCUUCCAAACAGUAAACCAAGUAGGAAAAACAGCAUCUGCAAUGCCGCUGUUCAAGAUUCUCGGGAGGAAACUCAACUCUAAUGAAAAGAAAUGAGAGACCUUAUUUUCCCUACAGGGAUCUUGCUUGAGAUCACUAAAAUGUUGUAGAUGGUCCUAAGGAACUGACUGGAAUGUAUUCAAUUUCUCACCUGUCUUCUAUUUAAAAACAAAAUCUAUUCUCUUAGAAAUACAGAUAGUUUUGAAACUUAAUGUGGUAUUUAUUGACAUUUCCCUGAUUAGUAUUUAAAUUUCAUCAGUAGGGGAUUCUAAAAAUGAAUAUAAAAGACAGAAGUUAAAAUCUGAUAUUUAACUGUUUAUGAAUAAUCAGAAUUAUAUGCAUUCUAUUUUAAAACAUUACUAAGACUUAUGAAAAUAAAGAAAUCCACCUAUAGACAGUGAAUCACAAGGGCACUGAAGUCUGGUUUUCUCC